CUGCGGUGUUGAAAGAAUUGCCACCACAAUACAACCUUACUGACCCGCCAAAUCUGACUUCUCCUCUACCAACCACAACUGGCAAUAAAAAAUUCCAUGGUUAUUUUAGUAGUUGCUAGAGAUAAUUUAUUAAAACAUGCAAAAGUAUAUGGAACAGAAAGUGAAGCAGCCCUUCCGGAAAAGUCGUAAGGGCAAUGAUCAUGGCUCCUGUGCUCAAUUGAAAACGCCUUUAAGCAAGAACAUGUGCACGAACAACAACAACGGUAACAAUGUUCAUUAUAAGGAUCGAUUUGAUGUGCGAGACAGCACUCAAAAAAAAAAAUCCGGCCGUUCUUCAAGAAAAUCGAGUCCCAAUGGUCGUAACGAGUCUUCACCCAAGGGAUCUAAUCGUGUGAAGCCUGCAACGCUUCCAGAAAAUGCGAAAAGUGUGAAGAAAGACAGCUCUGUCAACAAUAAGCGUAGGAACUCCUACAACUCUUCAGACAAUGGUUCGUCCUCUUCUUCCUCGGCUUCGGAGUCAUCAGGAUUGUACGCUGGUCCUACAUUCCUUCAUUCUCCCGCCGCUUCCAAGCUCCCUAUUCCCGAUUUUUUGAACGACGCUGGUGCUGUUUCUCAAGUCGGAGCUGUUCCCGCUUUUACAACUGUCACGACUCCUGAAAAACCCAUGUGGAAUUUAUUCCCUACUCAAGCUUGUGGUUAUCGUUCCAUGCCGCCUACGCCGACAGAGUGUGGUUCGCAAGAAAUAUACUUCGGUGCGACGCAACAGUCUGCGUAUGACGGCUUUUUUGAGGUAAAGUCCCAACCUUGCAACCCCCCUAGCCCUUUGGCCAAUAUGCACACUCCUAUCCAUUCUGAAGCUGUGAAAGGCAAACACAGCCAUUCCACUACUACCUUGGAAUUGCUCUUCCACCGUGACCGAGAGCAGCGUCUUUUUCGCUUGUUGCGUCAGGGAAGCGCUUAGAUCGCUCGUUUAUUUGUUUCUUUUUCUUGUGUUUUAUUUUAAACCCUUCGGUGAUAUUGAUUUCUUGACUGACUCCUGUGUCUGCACCGUAUGUGUGCACUUAUAUGCUUGUACACCGUUACUCUUCGCUUGAAGGAAGUACACCCAUAUAUCGUAUUCUUCUGGUUUGCUUUGUUCGUUUUUGUUUUCGGUUCGGGGUUCAGUUGAAUGGUCCCCGACAUUGGUUUCUGGCUCCUUGAGAUGUCCUCCUAAUUUCCGCCUCUCCCCUCACCCUAUGCGAUAAUGAUUGGAAUUGCUUGGCACUAAAUCAUAUGUUUGUUGUUCCGAUUUGUAAUAGGUAACGGGUAUGCUCUGCGUAUUUCCUUGAUAUGAUCAUGGAAGUUGUUUCUCAUAGGGGCACUUCUCUGUUCGGUGGCUCUGGCCUUGUUCCCUAUGGUCACAGUUGUCUUUUCUCGUUUGUUUUCAGCUGCUUAUUAUUCUGUGCCCUCUAAUUGCAUUCAUACGUACUCCUUAUUGCCGAUGCUUACGAUCUGAAUUGAACAAUUGAUUGGCUUUGUUUUUCUUUAUUCGUCAAGAGAGUCUUUCGUUUUUAUUUUCAAGAAAGUGCUCUGGCAGCUGUUUUGUUGAGGUUUCUCGUUCAACUUGUUCGUUGCUUUAUUUUAUGACCCGGUUUUUUUGGGUCUUUCUAUUCUUCUCUCAACGGAGUGAGUCAAAAAGUCAUGAUCAUCUUAUGGUUUUGGUUCUUUGUUUUUCUCUGUUAUUCUCCUCAGUCGGCGAGCUCUUGAUUGUGCUUGCACUACUUUAACCGCCCUUAACUAAAAAGAGGAGAGCUCUAUGCUUAUAUUAUGCCAUAGAGUAAUUUCGGGUUGAGAGUGCGGGUUUCAUUAUUACCGUUUCUCCUACCUUACGCCUUUGGAUUAUGCAGUUCAACUUUAGCUUUUGCUGGCAAAAACUGGGCUGCUAAAUAUGAUGCGUCUACGAAGUCUUCUGCUAUGAAGGCUUUGCGUCGUUUCAUUCCACCGAAAUUAUUAACCUUGCUUUUGUACCUACUUAAUGUAGUCUGCGAUGACAGGGUUAUUUCUUCGUCAUUGAAGCCAGCUGUUGACAAACCUCUAGAUACUUCUGUGAAAUGCUAUAUAUGCGUGAAGUAAAUAAGGCGUACGCAUAUGCACUAAUACUGGUAAUCUAAUAUGUUUGGCGACAGUUGACGCAUUGAUCUAAUGUCUGACAUUGGUCAAUUGGCUUUCACGGGAUACACUUGAGCUAUACUCUUCUAUGUUUGUGCUAGGGAUGUGGUGUUCCUCACCGUACUGGCAUCUUCGUUGAAGUAUGUAGUAAAUGAUAGGUGCGUCUCUUAUGCUUUAUGGCCGUGUGGGAAAUGGUAGGGAUGUGUGAUUAAAGGGUGUUUAAGGG